CUGCUCCGAAAGAGCUGUUCUCGAUCAAUAGCGAUCAAUGCCACGCGGUGACGUGACGCGGAUAACUCCGGCAGGUUGAUCGUUCUGUCAACCUGCCAAGAAUGAGACGCUUCAUCCUUCUUGCAACACACUCAUUUCGCGCCGCGACACGGCUGGCUCUUACUUAGGAUGUCCCGCCUCGGGCCAGCUCGCAAUCUAGGGCAUCGACCCUAUUUAAGGCCCGGCACCAUGAAAUUUUACUCGCCUCACGCGCAACGUCUCUCGCCAUGCCUGCGGGUUCUUCCUCCGUCCCUUUGUCCCCCGCCUCGACCAUUACAUUGCAACCCGUCGAGCCUGCACUCACUGCCACCCAUGGACACGAUCCAAAUGCGCCAGAUCUCAGUUUUCCCUCGCAUAUCCCAGCUAUGGAGUAUCGCGGAGCUACCGAGACCGGAUUCAUGGACGCCAAGGACGUGUUGACUCAGAAGGUCGACCCCGAACGCGCAUCGAGGCUCGAGAAAAUCCAUUUUGUGACGUGGGAGGAGAAUGACCUCGAGGAUCCGAGGAAUUGGUCGAAUGCCCGCCGAUGGUAUAUAACCUUUGUCGUCACUUGCGCGGUGAUCUCCGUCACUUUCGGCAGCGCCGUCAUCACAGGCGACUUCAAGGACAUCCAGGCCGAGUUCCGGGUCGGUGAGGUUGUCGUCGCGCUGUCCGUAUCGCUAAUGGUGGUCGGAUUUGGCAUCGGACCACUCGCCUGGUCACCUUUGAGCGAGAUCUAUGGGCGGAGACCGCUCAUGAUCAUUCCCUCCCUCUUCUAUGUGAUCUUCAACAUCCCGUGUGCAGUGGCACCCAACAUCGAGACACUAUUAAUCUGUCGUUUCUUUUGCGGGCUCUUUGCAUCGGCGCCCUUGACCUUGGCCGGAGGCACUAUUUCUGACAUAUGGGACAACAACGAGCGCGGAAUCGCUGUCGCCUUAUUCGCUGCUGCGCCGUAUGGCGGGCCCGUGCUUGGACCCAUUGUCGGUGGAUUCGUAGGUCAGAGCUUGGGCUGGCGGUGGAUUAUAUGGGUGAACAUGAUCUUUGCCGGCGCCGUACUUUUGUUGUGCACAUCGCUCCCAGAGACGUUUGCGCCGACUCUGCUCCGCCGACGAGCUGCUCGCCUUCGUGCUGAAACUGGGAAUACGGAUAUUAUGACUGAGCAGGAACUCAAUGGACAGUCCUUUGCCGACAUGAUGACCGAUACUCUUAUCCGACCGUUUCAAAUGAUCAUGACCGAACCUAUCCUGCUGCUGAUGUCGCUCUUCAUCGCCCUGGUAUAUGGACUCUUGUACGGAUUCUUCUUCAGCUUCCCUGUCGUCUUCGGCGAGGGCUAUCACUUCACGGACGGUCAAGUCGGGCUGACCUUCUGUUCUGUGUUGAUUGGAUUGGGGCUGGCGCUUCUGAUGACGGUCCGCCUGGAGAAAGACUACUUGAAGCGCGCUGCAGCGAAGGGCGGGCGAGCAGAUCCUGAGGAUCGGCUGGUGGGCAUGAUGAUCGCUGGACCAUUUGUCUCGAUCUCACUGUUCAUUUUCGGGUGGACCAGCCCACCAUUUGUCCAACCUGGAGGUGGAAACUGGGUAGGACCUGCAAGCGCCGGCAUCCCAUUCGGAUUUGGAAUGGUUGUGAUCUACUUCUCCGCCAACGCAUACCUCAUCGACGCGUUCCCGGGCUACGUCGCAUCGGCGCUCGCGGCCAAAACCGUCAUCCGAUCCGGGGCCGGAGCUGCGAUGCCGCUGUUCAUCGUGCAGAUGUAUCACGGUCUGGGGAACGGAUGGGCUGCAUCGCUGCUUGCUUUCCUCGCGCUUGCCAUGAUACCCAUACCAAUCUUGUUUUAUCGCUAUGGGAAGGCCAUUAGAGCCAGGUCGCAGCGCGCAGUGUCAUAGAUUUCGAGUGUUCAUGGGUUCAAAGCUGGGGGGAUUCGUAGAACUAGAGGGAAUUUCAAUUGGGUUUAGACCGAAGUGACUGGUUCUCAAGUGAAUGUAAAAUUUGCAAGCUGUCUUAGUUGUAUUACGAUUGCCAUGCUCGCAACCCCCAUCCUAAGAGAGCAGGACAGGGGAAAUCAGGCCAUGGAAUGCCUCUCAAUCUUCAGCACCUUCUGUACAUCGCGGACCUCCUGGUCCCUCUCAUCCAGCCAGUCUCGCUGGUGGCGUGCUUGUGACCGGUCCAGGGCUCUCCCGAAAUCAAUGACCCGGAAACUGGGCGUCGUCAGCGAUCGUUCCGCGGGAGGGAGCGUCAGCGGGCCCGGUUGCACGAGAAUGUUCUUCCUGAAUGGAGAGCGCUGGAGGAUACCAGACAUAUGUAGCCUGAGAAACAGCGAGAAACAUUCCGCUCUGAGGUCGCAGAUUAGAUUUGAGAUACUAUGCGCCGAUGUACGCACUUUUCGUCGUGUGAAAGACUCUGAGGCUCAAUCGGCGUCCCGCAAUCCUCCAGCAACAUGAUCGGGCUAGGCUGAGUGGCAUCGUCAACCGAAUAUCCCGUUUCUGGGACGUAGAAUCCGUAGAACUUGGGUACGACGGCACCGACGGGCACGGGGUACUUGAUACCCGGCACGAGAGCGUAUCCAGAAUACGCAUCGCUCAAGAACUCUGGAAACGAAGCGGGCGACGCGUAGAGGCAUGCUUCAUGAUCCAGAAACCCGCGUGCCUCAGUCCUAGCGACGGAGACUUUCGCAACUACCCGUGCGGCGGUGGAAUCGAAUUGAAAGACGGCGUGAUACACGUUCGAGUGGUGACCGCAUCCGACGCGUGAGCUGCGAGUGAGAUAGAGAUGCCCGGGGUUUUGCUCUUUCCCGACUUCCGGCAGAAGACGUUUAUAGACCAGGACCCCUUGAUUCUGUCCGACCCGCGCAUCUGGAUCGUGCACAUGCAGUAGAUUUGGGAGAUGUGAAUGAGAGAUGCGUUCUUCGAGUUUGGGGAACCUGGCGGUGUCGAAAUAGCUGCCUUCCUCAUUCAAGAUCCUACUGCGCUCUGCAUCCGCCAUGGGCCACGGAGCACAAAUCUUCAUACAGUGAGCGUCGUCCGACCUUUCUGAAACGCUCAACUCCUCAAAAAGGCUCGUGUUCCACACGUCGCUCCAGGAGUAUCCUUCCGAUUGAUCCGACUUCGCGAUGAAAAAGUCGUCGAGAGAGUGACCCCAAAGACAGCCCUCGGGGGUACGCUUGGUACGAAGGACGGCUGAAGAGACCGAAGCAGACACCAGGUUGCCUGGCCGGCGGAUUGGACGCGACAUUCGAACUCGCACUCACUCAGACCGUGAAACUUCGAUGAGAUUAUCGAUGUGGAGGAAGUCAAGUUGGCCGCGGCGGCGUGUCGAUUGAUCGUGCAAAUGGCAAGCCUUGUCAACAUGCACCCGAGCACAUGUCCCGACUCUAGCAAACAGCUUUGCAAGGCGCUUUCGCCGAACAUCAAACGCGCAUCAAAAGCGUCCGGAGUGCCAAACGCCAGCUCUCGACCCUUCUCGUCAAAACCGCGGAUGACCUCGCACGCUGCGACGCUCUGAUCAUUCCUGGGGGUGGUGUGUACAUGACGUGUCUCAUCUAUCUUCCCGUCCGCUUAAUCAGCCUGCGUGUGCACAGAAUCCACGACUAUAGCGCUGUUGGCUAGACUCGCAGGUCUGAUAGAGCCGUUGAAGGAGUUUAUCCGCACAAAGCCAGUGUGGGGCACAUGUGCAGGCGCCAUCUUACUCUCUCGGUCGGUCACUGGCGCGAAGAAGGAGGGUCAAGAGCUGUUCGGUGGGGCAUCGGUUGACAUUGCGAGGAACGGAUGGGGGACCCAGGGCGAGUCGUUUGAGGCGGCUUUGCAGAUCGAAGGGAUGUCGGCGGGAGAUGCCAGCCGCGAACCCAGUCCUUUUACGGGGAUCUUUAUUCGAGCGCCGGUCAUUCUGUCUGUUGCUGCCGAAGCAGACAUUUCCGUUAUCGCCCGUCUUCCUACCCAUCUGCUUCCGGAUCCUGAUCUGGUCGCUGACGCACACGACCCACGCACGAUCGUAGCACUGCGCCAGGGCCAGCACCUGCUCACGACGUUCCACCCCGAGUUAACGCCGGACAACCGGUUCCAUGAAUAUUUCGUUCGACAAUGUGUUCUGCCGUCUUUACCGUCGAUAUAAUAUCUGGGCGGGUUCAACUGGCCGAUGACGUCCCGGCUUCCGGGUUAGAGUUGUUGGUAGUGACUCGCAGCAUGCGAUCGAAGCUCGGGACACCGUUUCGAAGAGCCCAUCCAUGCGAAUUCGCUACCUGUUGCUGGUGUCUCUCGACGCAUCGCCAGCCUUUGUGCCACAUGGUGACGAUCCCUCUGCUCCGAUAGCAUAAAUACUACGGCUAUAAGUAGGACCCUUCGUUCCUUCGCCCACCAGGAGACGACAUGUUUCUCGCACUGGGACUCUCCGCUCUCUUGAGCGCCGCCGCGCUCGUGGGCAACGCCAGCGCCCGAGACUCGUUCCCGUCAAAAGCGUACAUGCAGCAGCUCCAGGCAGCGUCAGCAGAGCGUUUCACGCGGCCCACUGCACUGGCUGCCACCGCCGGUGUCAAGAACAUCACGUUUACCGAUCCCCGGGCGUCGGCGUUCUACGUCGACGGAAAGAACAUUCCUGAGGUCGACUUUGACAUUGGGCCUAGCUGGGCCGGCUUGAUUCCCAUUAGCAGCGAUCCCAAGGAGACACGCAAGCUCUUCUUCUGGUUCUUCCCGCCUGGCCCGGAGGGCAGUCUUGACGAUCUGAUCUUCUGGACGAACGGCGGUCCUGGAUGCAGUAGUUUGGAGGGUCUCCUGCAGGAGAACGGGCCCUUCUCGUGGCAGCCCGGGACAGCCAAGCCGAUACAGAAUGUGAACAGCUGGACGAACCUCUCCAGCAUGAUCUGGAUCGAGCAGCCCGUCGGCACAGGCUUCUCUCAAGGAACGCCGAACAUCACUAACGAAAACGAUCUGGCCGCCCAGCUCGUCGGUUUCAUGCAGCAGUUCCUGGAUAUCUUCAAAGAACUCAAUGGCAAGAAGUUCUACGUCAGCGGUGAAAGCUAUGCUGGUCUCUACGUUCCAUACAUUGCAAACUACAUCUACGAGCACCCGACCGCACUCAACCUGAGCCUGCAAGGCAUCUGGAUUGCGGACCCUGUCAUCGGCCCGGACGUCGUGCAAGCCCAGAUUCCUGUGGUCGACUUUGUGAAGAAGUACCAGAAUGUGUUUGCGUUCAACCAAGAGUUCAUGGAUGAGCUCGAUGCGACCAACAAGCAGUGCAACUAUGCGGACUACGUCUCCACACAUCUGAACUACCCGCCGAAGGGGAUCCUCCCUCUCCCGGCGCGCGCGAAAGCGGCAAACUGCGACCUGUGGGACACGGUCUUCAACCAAGCACUGGUGAAGAACCCGGCGUUCAACAUCUACCGCAUCUUCGACACGUUCCCCAUCCUGUGGGACGUACUCGGCUUCCCGGGCUCGUUCCCCGAUGUGCAGCUGGCUCCGCUGUACUUCGACCGCACGGACGUGAAGAAGGCGAUCCACGCGCCCACCAACGUGUCCUGGGCCGAGUGCAGCAACGUCGACGUCUUCCCGCGGGGCGAUCGCAGCGAGGAUUCGUAUGUGUCGGUGCUUCCGAACGUGAUCGAGAAGAGCCAGCGGACGGUGAUUGCACAUGGUCUCGCGGACUUUAUUCUCAUUGCGGAGGGCGCACGGAUUGUCAUUCAGAACAUGACUUGGAACGGGCUCCAAGGGUUCCAGACUCCGAUCGCCAACGACAGCCUCUUGAUCGACAGCGUCGGCCCGCUCGGGACAGCACACACCGAGCGCGGGCUCACGUACAUUGAAGUCGAGCUGAGCGGACACAUGAUCCCACAGUACUCGCCGCUGGUGAGCAGAGCCGUGCUCGCAUGUUGUCUCUGCAGACCCUGACCCGCUUUAUCUCUAGGCCGCUUUCCAGAGCAUGUCGU